GUAUGCGCCUUCUCAAUUCGACUGGUGAGACCCGCUUGUGGGAGGCCAGACGAACCGAUUCGCCACUGUACCAAAACACUAAACACUAAGGUAGUAGUCGAAGGACCAAAAUGUUUGUGUAACUAUGCAAAUAUGUAAUGCAGUGCAAUGCAAGAUUAAAUGCUGUUAAGGAGUACCACUCAAAUAUUGAGAUUGUAGGAUGCAAAAUAAAACACUGUUAACUGUAACGCCUUGCGAAUGGUACUGAGUUUAUUAUAAAAGAAAACAUAAUCUGUACAAUGCAUUAAAAUGACGUCAAACACGAGCCCGCGCUCCAAUUACGCUAACAUAUAAAAAUGUACGGGUUUACUCGUACAGUAAUUAUUAUAAAUCCAUAUAGUUAAUUUUAUAAUAAUUACUUACUAGAAUUAAUUAUUAUGAUACCUACCUAUUAUCUAAUUACAAGAUUUCUUGCGAGAUCAGGAUAAUGUAUUCGUGUCCAUUCUGAGCACCCGGAAACUUAUUUUAUUCUUUGAAACAUGUACUCUGUGGCGGCAAUCAAACAGUGUCAAAUGUAGUGCGUGUGGCGCGGCGGCGACGAUUAAGUAUACGAUAUCAAUAGUAGCCGCCGGCACGUGUAUCUUGACCUUGUACUUUCGAAUAGCUGCACAAUUUCUUUGACAGGUCAGUAUCACACCUUUGAUGACGCCGACAACAAGACGCCGCGCACCAUCAAAGUGCCGAUGGUCAAAACUAGUGAUGCACUCUUUUUUCUUUUAAUGGAUAUUUUCAUUCGCUAUGUAUAUUUAUGGUAUUGUUCGUAAUGCGCAUAAGUCCAAUUUUCCAAUUUUUCUUUCAUAAUAUUUUUUGCGUCUCAUAGAGUCCCUAAGCGUAUACCCGAACUCCUUUACUCCCUGAAACGACACUUAUGCUAAGAUCUAUAGACCGUACUCUGACUUUGCUCAGACUUUACUUUCGAGCUAAGACAACGUCGGUAUUUAUAGGACUAACUUCUAAAUCGUGCUGAGUGCGCGCUAAGCAAAGCCUAAGUCAACGCAAUCGACGACUUACGAAAAACUCAAGAUAUUAUCCUAACAAAAGUAAUGGUCCAAAAUUACUUUACACUCUCAGAGCAACUGAAAACUCUUUAACUUUGUCGUAUUUUUUCAAAUGCAAUGAUGCCACUUUAGAGAGAACUUCAUGCAAUUAAGGAAAUCGUAAGACUAAAAAUUUAACAAUAAUGCUGCUAUAAUUUCUUUAAAAAUAGAAAAAAAAAAUAUUGACAAUAUUUUAUCAUAAUAAAAUGAUUUUGAUUGAGGGUUGAUGAAGGUUGGGUGCUUUUUUACUUCGAUAAAAAUAUAUUUUAAAAAUAACUCAAAGGGAAAAUUAGAAUUGUCCAUGGCUACACAAUAAACACCAUAAUUUGGUCUGUGCCGUAUUCUACGUUCUGCUUCUGCAUAGUUGUUGUUUUGGUUAGCUUUCUUUAAAAUAUAACGAUAUCUCCCUAGUUUCGACCGGCUUGCUUAACUGAUUUUGUACCUUCUUUUACGACUGACCACGGCUACCUGUUCAACGGAUUUUGUACCUGCUAUACCACUGACCCACGGCUAUUCUCUUACGGACUCCGAAGCCCUAAAAUGGAAAAUACAAAAAAAAACAAAAGCCUUACUCGGAAUAUGAAAAACAAGUUUUAAUACAAUUAGUUCAAGCCAAGAUCGGUGUGAUCGAAAACUGAAGGACAGACGGCGUUUCGCUUAAAAAGAAAAGUGAAGCUUGGGAAGAAAUUACCUCUCUAUUCAAUAAUUCGAACGUGACACAAAUCGUAAGUAAAAUUAACUAAAUAAUUCAUAUGUGUAAUAAUUAAAAUGUUUUUAGUAUAUCUUCAUACCAGUCGUUUGAAUUAAUUGGCGUCAUUUUCGUGUUUAUGCUAAAGUACCUUACUGAUACUAUAUGCACAUGCAGAGGCACUCAAAUAAGUUGAACUAUAAAUUCUUGCUACAGAUACUUACAUUAAAUACUUACCCCUAUAAUAGCUCUAAGCUGUGCCAUGUGAAACAUUGACAUUUGACACCAUUUCUAAUAUUUAUCUACUAUUAAUUUUCAGGCUGAUACUAAACAAUUAAAAAAGAUGUGGCAAAAUUUAAAAACCAAGGCCAGGGAUGCCAAGACUCUGGAGGCCCAAAGGAAAAGGACAGGCGGAGGACCAGCUCUGUCAGAUAUGGGACCUUUGGAGUCUCAAGUAAUAGCUGUCAUGCCAAAUGUUUUACCAUCCAUCAACAUAGAAAUUGACAGUGAUACAAUUGCUACCGGUAGUACCCUUGGACUAGACAACGACGAGCAAAUGUGGCUCCCAAAGAGAGCUCGUAUGUCUGAUAUGGAGCAAAAUAAUAAUAUAGAUAUAGAAUUCAUAGAUGACGUACAAAAAAAAGCCCAAAGCCGAAACAGGGAAAACAGAAAAAAACUUUUGAUGAACUGAAACAGGAGCUGAUACUACAAGAAUUAGAAAAUAAUAAGAAGAGACAUGAGGAUGAAAGCAGACGGGCUGAAGAAAAAUAUUUAAAAGAAAAUGAAUUUUUAGAAAAAAAAACGAGCUUUAGAGUUAGAAAUUUUAG